GAAGAUGGCGGUGGAUGGAGUAAGCGGAGCAGGAUCGAUCCCCGAAAAGCUCGAUUGGAUUUGUUUUUCCUAACUGAGGCAAACACUCCAUAUCACAGCCGGAGCCCGCAGUUUGAACCCGGAGUGAAGAAGCGACAACACAGAGCUGUCCACAGAGCCCGCGCCCACCUGCUGGCCUCUUCCACCGUCCUCAAGCAUUCAGGACGAUGGAGUUCCCAUGGCACAGUGGGAAGGUUCUGGAGCAACUCAACCGCCAGCGCAAGCAGGGCCUACUGUGUGACUGCACCUUCGUUGUGGACGGGGUGGACUUCAAAGCCCACAAAGCUGUCCUGGCGGCCUGCAGUGUCUAUUUCCGCACCCUCUUCCUGGACCAGAAAGAUGUGGUGCAUCUGGACAUCAGCAAUGCAGCAGGUUUGGGUCAGGUCCUGGAGUUUAUGUACACUGCCAAGCUGAGUUUAAGUCCGCAGAAUGUAGAAGAUGUGCUGGCUGUUGCUAACUUUCUACAGAUGCAAGAAAUUGUCAAUGCCUGCUCUGCGUACCAGUCAAUGGCAAACCAAGCUCCGUCACUCAUAACACUGGAUUUCGCUGUAGCAGAAGACAAACAAGGUGAAGUAGAUCAGAGAGAGGAGCUGGAGAGCGACCUGGCCGAAGUAGCAUCUCAAGCAGAGGACAGCCCUAGCACCCCCACAGAAGGAAAGGAGCCCACGCAAAAUCUGCAAAAUUUAAAGGAACACAUCUCCACUGAAACACAACAGACAGCUUCUCGGCCCAACCCUGCCAGAACCCACUCAGGCCGAGGACGUCCGGCCAAAACCAGCCCCCUUUCUACCCACAAGAUGGUAUCUGUAAAGGAGGAGGAGGAAUGUGCUGCACAAGAUGUACCUGGAUUUCAGGACGACCCCUCUGAUGCCGACUACAAUCCCAAAUCACAGUUGAAAUCUGCUGGCAGCUCGUCCUACAUGAGCUCGCGGGGGAGAAGAAUCAGAAAACCUCCUCGACGAAACUUCCCACCUGACAAUGACUCAGAGGAAGAAGGCACAUCAAAGGCAAAAACACAGAAGAAGGUGGCGGAGCCGGCAGAAGCGGCCGGAGUACAUGAGGACGACUGUGGGGAGAUUGGCGACGGGGAAGCUGAUGAUGAGGAGGGGUCUGGUGAGGAAGAUGGCGAGUUUAGACAGCAAGGAGAAGGAGAUGAUUCAGGCGGAGAGAGAGAUGGGAGACUUAUUCAGUCGACGUCUAUGAGCAGCCGAUCCGAAUCAAAGCCGUACAGCUCUGUGACACAUGAAUGUGAGGACUGUGGAAAGAAAUUCACCCAUACUGGUAACUUCAAGAGACACAUGCGUAUUCACACAGGAGAGAAGCCAUUCAGCUGUCGGGACUGCAACAAGGCUUUCUCUGACCCUGCAGCCUGUAAAGCACACGAGAAAACACACAGCCCCCUGAAGCCAUACUGCUGCUCGACUUGUGGAAAGAGCUACCGCCAGAUCAGCCUGCUCAACCUGCACCGCAAACGCCACACUGGCGAAGCACGGUACAGCUGCGAAGUGUGUGGCAAGCUCUUCACCACAUCCGGCAACCUAAAGCGCCACCAGCUGGUGCAUAGUGGUGAGAAACCGUACCACUGCGACUUCUGUGAGAAGGCUUUCUCUGAUCCCACCGCUAAGAUGCGACAUCUGGAGACGCAUGACACGGAAAAGGGUAACAAGUGUCCACACUGCGACAAGCGCUUCAACCAGCCUGGAAAUCUGAAGGCUCACCUAAAAAUCCAUAUCACAGACGGGCCUCUCAAGUGCAAGGAAUGUGGCAAACAGUUUACUACCUCAGGAAAUCUAAAGAGACACCUGCGGGUCCACAGUGGGGAGAAACCGUAUGUUUGUAUGCACUGUCAGAGAGCUUUCAGUGACCCUGGAGCUCUGCAGCGGCAUGAACGCAUCCACACAGGUGAGAAGCCGUGUGUCUGUCUUAUCUGUGGCAAGGCUUUCACACAGGCCAGCUCACUCAUCGCCCACGUUCGCCAGCACACUGGAGAGAAGCCCUACGUGUGCGAUCGCUGUGGCAAAAGGUUUGUGCAGUCCAGUCAACUGGCCAAUCACAUCCGGCAUCACGACAACGUCCGGCCGCACAAGUGUCAGAUGUGCGACAAGGCAUUUGUUAAUGUGGGAGACCUGUCGAAGCACAUCAUCAUCCACACAGGGGAGAAACCUUUCCUGUGUGAUAAAUGUGGCAGAGGGUUCAACCGGGUGGACAAUCUGCGCUCCCACGUUAAGACCGUCCACCACGGCAAGGCCGGCAUGAAGCGGCUGGUUGUAGCCGGGGGCAGCGCAGACGAAGGGGCUGAUGGGUGCGCAGGAGCAUCCACCUCUGACAGCGAGAUCAACAUAGUUACCGUCACCACAGAGGACAUUGUCACCCUGGCAACCGAGGCCCUGGCAGCCACUGCUGUAGCUCAGCUGACAGUGGUUCCAGUGGCUGCUUCAGUGUCUGCUGAUGAGACGGAGGCUUUGAAAGCUGAAAUCACAAAGGCAGUAGAGAAAGUGCAAGAAGCGGACCCCAACACCCAGAUCUUGUACGCUUGUGAUUCAUGUGGGGAUAAAUUCUUGGACGCCAGCUCCCUGGCCCAGCACGUGCGCAUCCACACAGCUCAGGCAUUGGUCAUGUUUCAGGCAGAUUCUGACUUCUACCAAUACACCACAGCCACCACCGCCGAGGGGGAUUCUGCCACAACGUGGCAACCCACGGCUGAACAAGUCAUCCAGGAAGGAGAGCUAAUCUUCCGUACCCAGGUUGGAGAGGAAGAGGCAGAGGGAGGGAUUGUGGGGGAGACACAAGUUCAAGAAGAAGGGACAGGAGGGGUGACUCAUGUGGAGGGGAGGGAGGAUGGAGAGGUGGAAACCCAAAGUGAGCUCCACACUGAAGGAAAAGAUGAAUCUGCAGGGGACGUAGAGGAAGAAAAGGAAGUGGAGAUGGAAUGUGAGAGUAGGGCGUAAGUGUUGCAGGCUUCAGAGGAGUGUAUAAAAUAUUGCUGUUAACAGACACCUAAUUUAAACUGAAUGAAAUGUAAGAAAUGAAGUGAGUUAAGAUCUCAGAGUUGCAACAUGUCAUGAUGUUAAAAAUAAAUGUAAACUGGAUUUAUAACAUACAACACUUUAUAAACAAUUUGCUCUUAGAUUGUAUAGUCAUAAAUGAUGUUUUGCAGUCCUAACCCAGGAAAAGAGGUGAGAUUCAGUUAUUUGGUAAAUAUUGUUGAGGAUUCUUCCAGAGAUGGUUAUCCUACUUUGUAUAUUUUGUUUAUUUCUAGACAAAAAUGAAGGAUGAUGUAAUGAUCUUUGUAUUUAGAUCACAAUUCUGUCUUACCUAUAUUCACUGAAACAAAGAGUUCUGUGUUAUUUUUCCAUUUCACUCAGAUGAGAUAUAGUCAAACUAUUUUAUUGCACUCAGUUGUAAAUAUUUUCAUGGAAAUCCUAACAUGCAGAGAUUAUCUAUAUGAACAUGUUGGGGUGCUAAAGAUUUAAUUUAGGGGUAACCAUCACCCCCACCUUUUUUCAGAAGUGUGAUGUCAUGUAUUCAUGUUACUGGCAAACAUUGUAAAUGCUGUGCAUGUAUAAUAUUUGUAAAUAUUUGUUAUUUGUCCUCUAAAGAAGUCUUAAUACCUCUGAUAAAUGAUAAAAAGAAAUAUGUAUGGUUGUGACAAGCUGGUUGAAAAUUCUCAGUUUCACAUUUGUACCAAGACAUUUUUUUCUGUUAUUGCAGUAAACUGACCAUAUUUGUAUAAAGAUGGUUGCCUGCCAGUAAUGGUUUUGUCAUUAUUUUGUUUGUUGAUAUUAACACCUGCAAAAUGCCCUAUUAGACAUCAGUAACACUGCCUAGACUCACUGGAAGUCAUCAUCUCAUCAAUAAAGAAGUAUCACACAGUCUGA